UAUGGAGGCUGAUUGGUGAUCGGUAGAUAAAGGAUAAAGUACUAAUGUCUAGAUCUACAUCACCUAGUCCCGCUUUUAAAGUGGGUGUUUCUACCAUGAGGGCCUCCGAAGCUUCUGUGUCCACCAUUACAGACGUAGUCCACCGCUUGAAUGCUGAUUGUGGCCGAGGGUUGACCCAGUCCCAAGUGGAGGAGAGGAGACAGCUACAUGGACACAAUGAGUUUGAGAUCAAAGAAGAUGACCCUCUGUGGAGAAAGUACCUGAACCAGUUCAACGACCCUCUCAUCAUGCUUCUACUGGCCUCAGCUGUCGUGAGCAUUUUCACCAAACAAUUCGAUGAUGCCUUCUCUAUCACUGUGGCUAUCAUCAUUGUGGUCACUGUGGCAUUUGUGCAGGAGUACAGGUCGGAGCGUUCUUUAGAAGCACUGCAUCAACUCAUCCCUCCAAAGUGCCACUGUGCUCGUGAUGGUGUGAUUAUGGAGGUCCUAGCUCGCUGCCUAGUGCCUGGGGACACUGUCUACAUUUCCCUCGGGGAUAGAGUACCAGCGGACAUUCGAUUGGUCGAGGCUGUUGAUCUUGAGAUAGACGAGUCCAGUUUCACGGGUGAGACCUCUCCUUCCCUCAAGCACACCGAGUCACAGUCAGCUGCAGCUGCCCAUAAUGACAUCUCACAGCUACGCAACAUUGCCUUCAUGGGCACCUUUGUGUGUGGGGGGCAUGGAAAGGGUGUGGUUGUGGGGGUGGGUGAACAGUCCGAGUUUGGCAGUGUGUUCAAGAUGAUGCAGACUGAGGAGGCUCCCAAGACGCCAUUGCAGAAGAGCAUGAACAUGCUGGGCAAGCAGUUGUCUUUCUACUCACUCUGCAUCAUCGGCUGCAUCAUGCUGCUGGGAUGGUGGCAAGGCAAGACUCUACUGGGCAUGUUCACUAUAGGAGUGAGUUUGGCAGUAGCUGCAAUUCCUGAGGGCUUGCCAAUAGUGGUGACAGUCACUCUAGCCCUCGGAGUGAUCAGAAUGGCCAAGAGACAUGUCAUCGUCAAGAGGCUGCCUACCGUCGAAACUCUCGGCUGUGCCAACGUUAUCUGCUCAGACAAGACAGGUACCAUGACGGAGAAUAAGAUGGAAGUGACUGACGUGUAUUCUGCCUCUCGUCAACAUGCCAGGAUCGUCGGAUCACAUGACCAAAUGUUCGGAUCACAUAAUCAAAUGCCUGCGUCACAUGAUAGGAGGCGGGUUGUGUGUGGUGAAACUGCUGUGACUGCUGACAACUUUCCUGACAUAGUGAAUGUCAUCAAGGUUGGUUGUGUGUGCAACAAUUCUCAAGUGAGAGAUGGCAAGAUCCUUGGCCUGCCCACUGAGGGAGCCAUGGUGGCCCUCGGACAAAUGCUUGGAUUGCACAGUCUGAGGGACCAGUUUGUGCGUACAGAGGAGAGAUCAUUUAGCUCCGCCCAAAAAUGGAUGGGGGUGCGAGUCAGGGACAGGACUCAGCAGCCGUCCGAUCCCCCUGGUGGGGAGGAGGUGUGGUUUAUGAAGGGUGCUCUGGACGUUAUCCUCCGUCACUGCUCCACUCUGCCGGAUGGCUCACCUUUGACCCUGGCAGACAAGGACAGUUUCGUGGCUAAGAGUGAAGAGUUGGGGACCAAAGGACUGAGAGUGAUAGCGAUGGCUCGAGGUGUGGACCUGACACAGCUGUCAUUUGUUGGGCUGAUGGCAAUGUGGGAUCCACCACGAGAAGGGGUGGAGGGGGCAGUCCGAGAGCUUCUGGGGGGCGGAGUCAGUGUCAAGAUGAUCACUGGGGAUGCUAAGGAGACUGGCGUAGCUAUAGCCCAGCGGCUUGGCCUGUGGACUACUGGCAGUCUGUGUCUGUCCGGAGAGCAGCUGGGGAGAUUGCCACAUCACGAGCUCAAGAACACAAUAAUGCAGACGGCCGUGUUUUAUCGAGUGACUCCCAAACACAAGGUCGUUAUUGUUAAGUCUCUACAAGAGUCAGGUCAGAUUGUUGCCAUGACCGGGGACGGUACUAACGAUGCAGUGGCCCUUAAGUGUGCGGACAUCGGCAUAGCAAUGGGAAAGGGUGGCACAGACGUGUGUAGGGAGGCGGCAGACAUGAUACUCACUGAUAACAACUUCUUGUCUAUUUUGUCGGCCAUUGAGGAGGGGAAGAUGAUCUAUUACAACAUCAGGAACUUUGUACGAUUCCAACUCAGCACGAGCAUAGCAGCCCUGUCCCUCAUCACUCUCUCCACUCUCUUGGGACUACCUAACCCCCUCAAUGCUAUGCAGAUACUCUGGAUCAACAUUAUCAUGGACGGCCCUCCGGCACAAAGUCUGGGGGUGGAGCCAGUGGACAAAGAUGUGAUGACACGCCCCCCUCGCCGUGCAAAGGACCCGAUGAUCACCCUCCCUCUGAUAGCACAGGUGGUGGGGGCUGCUGCCAUGAUCGUCAUGGGAACACUCUUUGUAUUCCAGAGAGAGAUGGAGGAUGGGAUAAUCACUCCUAGAGACACUACCAUGACUUUCACCUGCUUUGUACUGUUUGACAUGUUCAACGCUCUCAGCUGCAGAUCCCAGACAAAGUCCGUGUUUUCCAUCGGCCUGUUCUCCAAUCGGAUGCUAUUAUACGCUGUCGGAGGCUCCCUCGUCUGUCAGCUGCUCGUUAUCUACUUCCCUCCGUUACAAGCCGUCUUUCAAACCGAGGCUCUGACGGCACUGGACCUUCUGUUCCUGGUCACACUCAGCUCCUCUGUGCUAAUACUGGAUGAACUGAGAAAACUAAUUACUUCAAGACUCAAUAAAAACACUGGAAAUCAUUUGUAUGGCAAUACUAGCAAAAUAUUACCUGUGUGAUGUAAUUGUUGCAUAUGUUUUUAUGAAUUCAAAUUUUGUUCAUCAUAAUCACCAUUAUUUUCAA